ACCACGGCGAUCAGAAGCCUAAAUUAAACAUUUCAGGCCAAAACCCCAUUUUCCUCUCUCUCUCUCUCUCUCUCUCUCUCUCUUCACUCCAUCUGUGGCUGACAGCGGCAAAAGGCAGAUCUGCGCCAUCAGCGACGUGAGAGCCGACCCCUCCGCCCAUCUCCCUCACCCUUCGAAAUAGGAGAUUCAUGAUUUUGUUUUGUUUCUUGUAUAUGAUAUGCUCUCUCCUAACUUGGAUCUUGGAAACUCUAAUCAAUAGAAAAUCUGCUUUAGAAAUUUGAAAAGGAACCUCGUUAGUAGCAGUUGUCGUUUGUUCUCACAAGGAAAGCAGUUAAAACUGCUUGAGAUACUCUGUAUACAAUCUUGCAAUUCAACACUAUCCAAUGAGGAUAGCAGUAGAAGGGUGUAUGCACGGAGACUUGGAUAAUGUCUAUGCCACCCUAUUGCAGUUGCAAGAAGUUGAGAAUAUAAAGAUUGAUCUCCUUUUGUGUUGUGGUGACUUUCAGGCUGUUAGGAAUGAGAAGGAUCUGGAAAGCUUAAAUGUGCCACUUAAAUACCGGAGCAUGAACUCUUUCUGGAAGUAUUACUCAGGAGAGAAAGUAGCACCAUUUCCAACUAUAUUUAUUGGAGGAAACCAUGAAGCAUCCAAUUACCUUUGGGAAUUGUACUAUGGAGGAUGGGCAGCACCUCAGAUAUACUUCCUUGGAUUUGCUGGAGUAAUCAAGUUUGGCAAUGUUCGUAUUGGUGGCCUUUCCGGAAUUUAUAAAUCACACGAUUACAAUCGGGGGCACUAUGAGAAGCUGCCUUAUAAUCAACGGGAUAUUCGAUCUAUAUAUCAUGUUCGUGAGUAUGAUGUUCACAAGCUCUUGCAAGUUGAGGAACCAAUUGAUAUCUUUCUUUCACAUGACUGGCCUGUUGGCAUCACUGACUGUGGGAACUUGAAAGCUCUUCUUCGUCAGAAGCCUUUCUUUGAGCAAGAGAUUCAGGAAGGAACUCUGGGAAGCAGACCUGCUGCAGAAUUACUGGCAAAGUUGACGCCUUCUUACUGGUUUUCUGCACAUCUGCACUGCAAAUUUGCUGCUUUAGUUCAGCAUGAGAAGGAUGGUCCUUCCACAAAGUUUCUUGCCCUCGACAAGUGCCUCCCUGGUAGAAAGUUUUUACAGGUUAUUGAAAUUGAGUCCGGACCAGGACCUCAUGAACUUCAAUUUGAUGAAGAAUGGUUGGCAAUCACAAGAAAGUAUAAUGCUGUCUUGCCCUUGACAAUCAGGAGUGCAAACUAUAGUGAUGUACAUCUCGACACAGAAGAAUGCCACCAGUUUGUAAGAAAUAAGCUGCAGACAAGAGGAUCCAAACCGUUUGAAUUUGUUCAGACUGCACCAUGCUACAAUCCUUAUCACCCUGUUGCUAAUGGUGUCUUCCACGGUUUCUAUAAAAACCCUCAGACAGAAGCUCUAUUACAGUUUCUAGAACUCGAGUAUGUUCUUAAUAAAAUGCCAGAAUCAAGGGAGCCUGCUGCAGGUUCCUUUGAUUACGAGAGUGAAGAUAUACCCAUAGAUGAUGUGGAUGUGGAUGUGGAUGUGGAUGAUAUCAACAAAGUGGACUCGGAAGAUGCUUAAGGAGGAUUAAUCUAAAGCUCAGAUCACAACCUAAUCUAAAGCUUAAAGGUGGAUUGCCGCUAUAAAGGGAAUAAAGCGGUGUGAAGAUGAAAAGAUUUGGAGCAAAAUUGGAAAAAACGAGAAAAAGAAGGAAAAUAAACUAGAAGAAAAAGGUGGGACACCCUUUUGGUAUUUGUGCCCCCAAGUUGAAGACAAGAAAGAAAGAGAAAUACAAUUUAAAGCAAAUAGUGAAAGAAGGCAAAAAACGUACCUGACAUAUGUAGGAUUCAAAUCGCAAAGCUCACUACUUCCAGCGUUAGGCUAGCGCCUUGCGCCGGUCUGGAUGCUGUGUUGCGGGUUUUCCUAUUCGUCCGGGACAAUGUUUUUUCGGCUCUAUACGGUCCCAAUUCGUAUAAAAUGGGUCUUACACCUAAUUUGGAGGGGAUCUAAGAUAUGUUUGGAAGGAGAACACGUCACAUUGGAGGGGAGAACACAAACCACGCUCGGAGAAGGCUUCUAAUUAGUUUUUCUUCUCUUCACUUCCAUUAAUUCACAAUUUAUUAGUUUUAGAGUUGUGGGGUGCUACAUAAACGUUGUGUCUUAAGCUUGAAUUGUUCUUAUUAUUUCAUCAUAUUGGUUUAUUUAUUCAA